CAUUUUUAGGGCAGUAAGAUCAGCGAUAAGUAGAGAGAAAGAGAUCGAGGAUUGAGAUCCCUCGAAUACCAUCUGCAGCCCUCCCAGCCUCUCCCCCUUGUCUCCCACAACCAUCUCACCCAGGAGGGAAAGAAAAUAACAGGGAUUUGCAGACAUGAGCGAAGUAACAGCUGAGGAACCAAAGCUGAAAACUCCCGGGACUGAACCAGCCCCAGUUGCUCAGCCACCAGCAGGAGAUACGGACAGGAAGGUGCUGGCUACAAAAGUCCAAGGGACAGUAAAGUGGUUCAAUGUGAGAAAUGGCUACGGAUUUAUAAACCGGAAUGACACCAAAGAAGAUGUGUUUGUCCACCAGACCGCAAUCAAGAAAAACAAUCCACGCAAAUACCUGCGGAGCGUAGGGGAUGGAGAGGUUGUGGAGUUUGACGUUGUUGCUGGGGAGAAGGGGGCCGAGGCAGCUAAUGUAACUGGGCCAAAGGGAGCCCCAGUACAAGGCAGUCGUUAUGCUGCAGACAGACGCAGAUAUCGCCGUGGUUACUACGGACGCAGGAGAGCACCAGGAAGGGAGGGAGGUGAAGCUGAGAUGAAAGAAGGAGCACCAGAAGGUGGAGAAACGCAGCAGCCAAUGCGCCAACCAACUAACUAUCGCCAGCGAUAUCGCCGACCCAUGUCCCAGCCCAGAUCUGUUCCACCCCCUGGGGAGAAUGACAACAAGGAGAAUCAAUAUGAAGUUGGAGCCCCUGACCAGCAACAAAACCGUCGUGGUUUCCGUAGACCAUACAAUUACCGCCGUCGACCUAACCAAACAAAUGCGCCAAUACAGGGGAACAAGGAGUCAACUAAGGUGGCUGAAACUUCAGCGGAGAAGCCGGUGCCAGCAAGUGAGAAGAGCAACACUGUGUAAUCUGAGUCACCAUCAGCCAUCCCACAAGUGAGACACCCAGUUCAGGUUACAAACUGUGUUUCAGCUUUUGUGCCUCUGUUCUGAGGCUUU